AACAACAAAAACAGAAUUUUAAUUGGAAACAGAAAAAAACAGCUUAUAUUUCGUAGGCUGCACAUUAAAACACAUUGACCAGAGAUCGGUAAAAUGACAAGCACUGAAGAUAAUCCAUUUGCUGCCCUCCUGCAGGAUCGAACCGAUCAAACUGGAGGCGUAUCCAAGAGACUAAUUGAAGAUGUUCUAUUGUUCACAUUGGACAGCAAGGGAGCACCAGCUGUGGUGACGGAUUCAAGGCCAAUACUCUGCCUAGCCGAUGUCGUGGUCGACACCAGUGAGGAUCUGGUGUCUGAGGACUUAAUUGCCCAUGCACUAUUUGAACGUCUCAUGUUGACGGAUACCCAGAAGUAUCUAGUCCCUGGCAAGGGUGGAACGGGGAGCGAUGAAGCCUUGGAAACACAUGCCAUUCUUUAUCUAUAUCGAGCCUUUAGCAAAUGUGAGCAACUGAAGGAGAAGCCCGGAUCUGGCAAACUGCUGGAAAUGAUUCUUAACAAUGCUAGCACUUGUAUGCGUCAACCGGAUCUCUUUUCACCCCAAAUAUUUGGCCAACAGUGGAAGCAAUUAUUUGAAGUAUACGAUGAACGGGAUGCCAGUGUUCAAGAGUUUCUAGUGCGCGUCACCUUAAAAGUUCUCGAAGAUGUUGAUCAUCUGGAGGCUUUGGGUAAUCUUAAAGCCAUAUUUUAUCCUAUGCUAAUGGAUCUGCAAAAAUCAAUAGCUAAGGAUAACUUAAUAACAAUUAAGAAACAACUUUUUGUUAUUUUGGGUUAUUUUGUAAGUGAUAAGCGUGCUGCCGUGUUGGGUGAAUUGCUGAUUGAUUAUUUCACACCCAAUCCCCAGGCAAAAGGUGGCGAUUAUAUGGACACUUUGCUGGGACAAUUACUUUGCCUUUCCAUAUUGCCUAAAACACAGCUUGGUCCUUUUGAAUUCCUACGUGAUACCGCACAACAAACGGAUCCAGGUCUUUGGACACUUUUAUCACAUCAUCAGCAAUCGAUAUUCGAUGUAGUGAAACAAUUGCUAGUCAUCUCUCCCGAAAGCAAGAAGAAAACUCUGCAAUGGAUAGCCCAUUGUCUGGAUGCCAAUGUAUCACGAGGUCAAUUGUGGAGCACCAUGAAUCUGAAUCUUGAGCAAACUGUUCAUAGUAUUGCCAGUGAUGCAUUUAUGAUUAAUUUGUGUGCGAUCCUUAUGCGUCUGUGUGCCCCCCUUUGCUUGCCCUCAUUAAAGGUAAUGCUAGUGGAUCCCACUUACUGUGCUGUUCCAGAUGACGAACGUGCUGCCAAAGGUGUUAAUCUCUUAAAAGCCUAUGAUGAAAGCUGCCUGCUGCCCAUUGAUGAUGGUGAAACUCGUAUCACGGCAGAAAAUUAUCAUUUCAUAACGGAAAUCUUUUAUAUGGCACAUAAAUGUUUCGAAUUGGGUAAUCGGCCGUGUAUUGAGCGUUUAACCCAGGAAAUGCGUCAAUUUCAAAACAGUCAAACAGCCUAUGAAGAUUUAGUACAAGGUGAUCCGAACAAUGAGUUGGUCAAAAAUCUAGAGCGUAUGCUACUCGAUCAACGGCAACGAGUUCUGUGCAUUAGAAAUGUUCUCUCCGAACCGGAUUCUGAUACUACAAUAUUGAAAUUUUUUGAAGCCUCAGCCAUUUGGUUAACGGAAGUGGCUCUAUUGCCUCGUGAAAGUUAUGAAGAAUGCCUGGAUAAGCGUAAUUUUUCACCACAAAUGUUACGAAAUUUGGAAUUGCUAUCGGUUACACCGCCAUUUGUUGCUCCAUACAUGAAAUCAGUACCAGAGGCUGUUAUUGAUAAUAUAGCAGCUUAUUUGAAUUUCUGUCGCAGAUUGAAUGGUACUGAAUCGAUACAUAUGUAUCAAUCCUCACAUGAUGCCUUCUUUAAGAUGAUUCUUUUGUUCAUGGGCAGUUCCGAGUUGGUAAAGAAUCCACAUUUGAGAGCAAAACUAGCCGAGGCUUUGGAAUAUCUAUUGCCAACACAAGGAUAUGAUCAGAAUCUUAAGAGUUUUGUAACUAAUAUCUUUGAUAGUCAUGUGGAUCGUAAGCAAUGUGUGAGAAGUUUAUUGCAUGUUUUCGUUAGCAUCGAAAUGACUGGGCAAUCGGUGCAAUUUGAACAGAAAUUCAAUUAUCGUCGUCCCAUGUAUGCCAUAAUGGAAUUUCUAUGGACCAAAGAGGAGCAUGUUAAAUCAUUUCGACAUUUGGCCAAAGAAGCCGAAGAAAAUAUUGAAGCCACAGAGCCGCCAUUGUUUUUGCGUUUCAUAAAUUUAUUAAUUAACGAUGCCAUUUUCCUGCUCGAUGAAUCGCUGUCCAAUUUGGAGCAGAUCAAGCAAUUGCAACAGGCCCAGGACAAUGGUGAAUGGAAUCAAUUGUCGCGCAAUGAAAGGCAACAGCAAAUAUCAAAUCUUCGUCAUUUGGGAAUGUUGGCACGAUUUGAUAAUAUUUUGGGACGUGAUACUAUCAAUAUUUUGAAAUUGUUGACUACCGAAAUCAAGAGCAUUUUCUGUCAUAACAGCAUGGUGGAUCGUAUUGCCUCCAUGUUGAAUUAUUUCCUACUGCAUUUGGUUGGUCCCCACAAGGAACGUUUUAAGGUCAAGAAUAAGAAGGAAUUUGAAUUUGAUCCAGCCCAAACAGUGCUGGAAAUCUCUCAUAUCUAUAUCAACUUGAGCAGCGAUGAAAGUUUUUGUCUGGCGGUAUCUCAAGAUGGUCGCUCGUAUAGUGAGCAAUUGUUUAGCUAUGCCGAAAAUAUUCUAAUACGCAUUGGAGGUGGUCAAUUGAUUGGUGACAUGUCGGAAUUUGCAGCAAAGGUACAAAAAAUGGGAGCUCAAUAUAAGGAAGAGCAAGAGUUGUUAGCUGAUGCUCCGGAUGAGUAUCUGGAUCCAAUUAUUUCCACGCUAAUGACUGAUCCAGUUAUUUUACCCAGUUCCAAUGUCACUGUCGAUCGUUCGACCAUUGCUCGUCAUUUGCUGAGCGAUCAAACCGAUCCCUUUAAUCGAUCACCCCUGACCAUGGAUAAAGUGAAAUCCAAUGAGGCUCUUAAAUUGGAAAUUGACCAAUGGAUCGAAGGCAAACGCAGUGCAGCACGUACAAAGAGUUGAGUUCAUUUUGAAUGAGAUGAAAGUGUAGGCACUACCAAAGAGUUAGCUCUGCCAUCGGUCAGUAGUAAAAUGUUGUUUUUUCUUUAAGAAUUCCAUUGUCCAUCCCGUAAACUAUAUAUGUGUGUACAGUUAGAGACGACGAGGAGUGUGUCCCGCCCCCAUUUAAUAUUUCUUUCAAUGUUUUCUUUUUUGUUUUGUUAUGGGGUUGUUUUUUUCUUUUUUAAUUUUUGAAUCUGCCUUUGUUAUUGUGGUUAUAGCAUCUUAUUGAUAUAUAUUUACAUAUAGAUAUAUACAUUUAAAAAUCAUUAAG